CGGUCGACCGUUUGCGUCGACCGUUUGUGUUUGCGAAUCUUUCUCUUGAUAUUUUGAGUGUCCAAAAUACUUCUUUAAGUCUUUUAAGCACCUUUGAUUAACAUAUACAUAUUGUUGGGUUGAUUUCCAAAGUUUAUAUUUACUUAUGUGUAUAUUAACUUUAUGGAUUUGGUGUAUUUUAAUCUCAACAUAUAGAUAACUUAUAUAUGCAUCACAUAUAUAUUUUGGAAUGGUUUUAACAUAUGGAAUAACAUAUAUGUUCAUGUAUGUAUGUGAUGAAUGAUUCGACAAGUCUAACGCAAGGGUACAGACCUGGAAAUCAAAUCAUUGGCCGAAACCUUACGGAUGAGCGGGAGUGGAAACAACAUCGAAAUUCACCAACUUUGUCAUUUCCGUCACAACUGGACAGCCUGCGGUAUUUUGGGCAUAUCUCCCUCGUUUCUUCACGGAAUUGUAAACCGUUUGAUUCUGUGGAUUGCUAAGAUGUAAGGCUACAACUUUUGUAUAGAAAGUAUUUCGAUUUAACAUAUGUAAGAUAGCGUAAAUUGGACCUGAAAUCAAGGGAAAGUUGCUGUCCAGAAUUUUGAAUAUGUCGAUGAACACGAUUCCGACGAUUAACUCACUAACUUCAACAUUCCAAUGCCGAACCUUCUCUACGAUACCUUCCAGAUGUUCCUAAUAAUUGUUAGAGAGUUUAUGUUUUUACCUAGAAGUGGGCUGCUGUGUUUGAACUCAGGAUUUUAGAACUUUAGAUGGUUUCUUGCUUCCUCUUCUUCUUCCUUGAAGCAACUAUGGAGUUUAAGCUUUCUUUUCUUUUCCUUUUGUUUGGCCAACAGAGAGAGAAAAUGGAGAGGGAGGAAUGGAUGAAUGAUGGUGUGGUGGCGUGGGUUAGCAAUGUAGCUAUACAGUCAUAUCCCGGGGAUGGGACGGGGGUAGGAGGGUCGUGGAGGGGUAGUGUAGCGUCACAUGUGCGUUUCAGCUCAUGGAACAUAGGGACCCUCACUGGUAAGUCAAUUGAGUUGGUGCAAGUUCUCAAGAGGAGAAGGAUUCAGGUGGCAUGCAUGCACGAAACCAGGUGGGUGGGCACUAAGGCGCGAGAGGUUGAUGGUUUCAAACUGUGGUUUUCAGGUUCAACUAGGGGAAGGAAUGAAGUCAACAUUCUGGUGGCGCUGGAGGCGCGAGAGUUUGUGGUGGAGGUGAAGAGGAUUAGUGAUCGUCUGAUGUUUAUUAUGUUGGUUUUGGGUGGGUGUGCGAUCAAUGUCGUGAGUGCUUACGGCUCGCAUGUUGGCUUGGCGGACGAAGUAAAGAGGGAGUUUUGGGACGCCUUGAAUGGGGUGGUUGUUGGUUUUCCACUAACUGAGAAAGUCAUCAUUGGAGGCGACUUCAAUGGCCAUAUUGGAGAAUCGGCCGAGGACUUCGAGGACGUGCACGGUGGUUUUGGCUUUGGCAGCAGGAACCCAGCGGGAGUUUCACUCUUGGAGUUUGCAAGAGCGAGUGAUAUGGUGGUUGCUAACUCUUGUUUCCCUAAACGAGACGACCAUUUGGCUACAUUUGUUAGUGGAGUGGGGACGACACAAAUCGACUAUCUUCUCCUGUGCAGGAGUGAUCGGGUGCUGUGCAAGGAUGCUAAAGUAAUUCUGAGUGAAAACAUCACUACCCAACACAAGGUUCUGGUGAUGGAAGUCAUGAUCAGGUGGGUGAAACAUAUGAGAGCUUUGAGUGGCAACACACAAAUCCGGUGGUGGAGACUAAGUGGGGAGAAUAUCUCUAAGUUGAUCAGGCUAGUGCAGGAGAAAGGUGCGUGGGAAUCGGCCGGAGAGGCUACUGGUAUGUGGGUGCGGACUGCUAACUGCAUCAGGGAAACAGCCAGGGAAGUGUUAGGUGUGGCGUGUUUGAGGUACAUGGGCUGCAAUGUUGAGGAGGAAAGAGCGGCGUUACGAGUAGAGUACAAGAAGGCACGUAAAGAAGCUAAGUUAGAGGUUAUGAGGGCAAAGAAUGCCGCUUUUGAACGCCUCUACAAGGAUAUUGAGGAGAAAGGCAGUGUUAAUCCACUGCUCCGGCUUGCUAAGGUGCGCGAGAGGAAGGCCCGAGAUCUGGAUCACAUGAGAUGCGUGAGGGCAGCGAUGCAAGGAUGCCUGAUGAGUGGAGGGAGAGUCUCUUGGUCACUCUGUUUAAAGGCAAAGGUGACAUUCAAACUGCUUAGCCACACCAUGAAGGUUUGGGAGCAAGUCUUUGAGUAUAGGGUGCGGAAAGGGGUUUGCAUCUCUGAGAACAAGUUUGGUUUCAUGCCUGGCAGAUUGACUACAGAGGCCUUUCAUCUCAUGAGGAGGUUAAUGGAAGAGUAUAGGGCUAGAAAGAAGGACCUCCAUAUGGUGUUUAUUGACCUUGAGAAGAUGUAUGAUGGGGUGCCAAGGGAGGUCUUAUGGAGGUGCCUUGAGACGAGAGGAGUUCCCAUUGUGUACACUCGCACGAUCAAGGAUAUGUACGAUGGGGCUAUGACCAGGGUAAGGACUUCCGGGGGCGACUCUGAGUCUUUCUCGGUAGGGAUGGGGUUGCACCAGGGCAGCCGGGAAACAGAAUCAGAAGUGGAAGUUAGGAUUGACUCUCACCUAGUAACUAAGGUAGACAGGUUUCGUUAUCGUGGCUCGGUAAUCCAGGCUGAUGGAGAGUUAGAUAGGGAUGUUGGACAUCGUGUUGGAUUGGCUUGGGCCAAAUGGCGGUUAGCUUUAGGGGUGUUGUGUGAUCCGAAGAUUUCGCCCAGGAUGAAAUGUAAGUUCUAUCGAUCUGUAGUCAGACCUGCUAUGUUAUAUGGGGCAGAGUGUUGGGCAGUUAAGAAGACUCAUGUGUGUCGUCUGCAUGCGGCGGAGAUGCUGAUGUUACGAUGGAUGUGUGGGAAGACAAGGACAUUGAUAGACAGUGCAAUCAGAUGGGAGGAUGGAAAGAGUAAAUACUUCAAAGGACCAUUGAUGUUUCUGAUGGUUUUCUAUGUCGAUAGAGUGGUUCUUUAUAAUAGGGAUGUGAAGAGGACAACACCUGCUUUUGUUGAUUGGACAUCAAAGAUUCAUAGGGAUAGGGAGAACAAAGAAGUGAAGGCUAGUGGGUUUGGUUUGGGAUUUGACGAUGGAAGGUUGGUUGCAUCAGAGGAGGCAGAGUUGGAGAGGAGGAAGCUCAAGCAGAUGGUGGCUGAUAUACCCUCCUUUAGCCUUGGCUUCACACAAGAUGGUGCAUUGCAAGGAAGUAGUGAUCAACAUGUGGUUGAUGUUGGUAAUUGCAGCAAUAGUCCAUUUACCCCUAUGGUUGGAGUCAGUAAUGUGAAUCAGCAACUCGCCAAUGAUUCGAAUGAACCCAAAGGAAGCAUAUGGGACCUUCAUCAUGAGUUCCUUCUGUUCGGGAGUAGAAGAACUCUGGCUCUUGGAAAGAGCCGUGCGAGGUAACAUAGGUAAGGAUCCCCUUUUUGAGUUAGACAUGCUAAAUCGAUCGAGAACCUUAUCUAUAUAUGUACUUUGACAUAGACCUAUCAACUUUCUUGACCUAUCACGGUAGAUUCUUAUGCCAAGGGCAUAACUAACAUUCCCCAAGUCCUUCAUGGCGAAGUUCUCGCUCAACCAAGUCUUUACAGACGUAAGAGCAGGAACAUCGUUACCCAUUAACAAUAUGUCAUCGACAUAUAGGAUUAGGAAUACUAUCACACUCCCACUGACCUUCUUAUAAACACAAGACUUGCUAGAAUUCUU